AUGGCCCCCCCAACGUACCUCGGCCUCUCUGGCCGCUCGCUCAGCAUGGUGCUGUCCGGCAUCGCCACCAAUGGCUUCCUGCUCUUCGGUUACGAUCAGGGUGUCAUGAGUGGCAUCAUAUCCGCCGCCCCCUUCAACGACUUCUUCCCCUCCACCAAGGACUCCACCAUGCAGGGCUUCGUCACUGCCAUCUACGAGAUCGGCUGUCUUGCCGGUGCCAUGAGCGUCCUGGCCUGGGGUGACCGCCUCGGUCGCCGUAGGGCCAUGAUUAUCGGUGGUAUCAUCAUGAUCCUCGGUACCAUUAUCCAGGUCACUCCUGAGAGGGGUGCCAACCCCCUCGCCCAGCUCGUCGUCGGCCGUAUCGUCACCGGUGUCGGCAACGGCAUGAACACCUCAACCAUCCCCACCUACCAGGCCGAGUGCUCCAAGUCUACCAACCGUGGUCUUCUCAUCUGCAUUGAAGGUGGUGUCAUCGCCUUUGGUACUCUCAUCGCCUACUGGGUCGACUUUGGUGCUGCCUACGGCUCCGCUGAUCUUUCGUGGCGUCUCCCCAUCGCCCUGCAGAUCAUCUUCGGCAUCGUGCUCUCCGUCUUCAUGGUCUGGCUGCCCGAGUCCCCCCGUUGGCUGCUCACCCACGAGCGCUACGAGGAGGCCGAGCACGUCAUCGCCGCCAUCCGCGGCUACGAGGUUGACAGCGACGACACGCGUGCUGAGCGCGACAUCAUCCUCGACUCCAUCCGUGCCUCUGGCUUCGGCAGCCAGCGUUCCACCCCCAUCAAGGCUCUCUUCACCGGAGGCAGGACUCAGCACUUCCGCCGCAUGAUCCUCGGAUCCCUCACCCAGCUCAUGCAGCAGGUCGGUGGCUGCAACGCCGUCAUCUACUUCUGCCCCAUCCUGUUCAAGUCGUCCCUCAACAAGAGCGAUCAUCAGUCCAUGCUCCUCGGCGGUAUCAACAUGAUUGUCUACGCCAUCUUCGCCACCACCUCUUGGUUCGUCGUCGAGCGCCUCGGCCGCCGCAAGCUGUUCCUCAUCGGUACCUUUGGCCAGAUGUCGGCCAUGAUCAUCACCUUCGCCUGCCUGAUUCCCGGAACCCCUGGUCCCGCCAAGGGUGCCGCCUUUGGACUCUUCCUGUACAUUGCCUCGUUCGGUGCGUCGUGGCUGCCCCUCCCCUGGCUGUACCCCGCCGAGAUCAACCCCCUCAAGACCCGUGCGAAGGCCAACGCCGUCUCGACCUGCACCAACUGGCUCUUCAACUUCCUCAUCGUCAUGGUCACCCCGGUCAUGAUCAGCAACAUCCACUGGGGUACCUAUCUCUUCUUCGCCGUCAUGAACGCCAUCUUCUUCCCCAUCAUCUACUUCUUCUUCCCCGAGACUGCCAACCGUUCCCUCGAGGAGAUUGACAUCAUCUUCGCCAAGGGUUUCGUCGAGAAGAAGUCGUACGUCCAGGCUGCUAAGGAGAUUCCCCUCCUCAGCCCCACCGAGGUUGAGACUGAGGCCAUCCGCUACGGUCUAGUCGACUCGCGCGCCGACGGUGCUGCUCUCCGCGACCGGGAUGAGAAGAACACUUUCGAGAGCGACUCGCGCGACGAAUAG